GAAACAGCCGCUCUCAAAGUGAAAAGCGAACUGUUGGAUUUGCCUUAUAUUCUAUUCUUACUUUUGGGAUAUAUCAAUUAAAUUUUUAAUCAAUUGUGAAAAAAAUCAUCUUUGCGCCUUCGGAAAAAUUUUUGGAGUUGGAAAAGCGCGCGAAUGCCUGACGGCCGCUGUCGGACAAGUGGAUUCUCGAAGACGAGGAGAUGCGUCGGCAUCAUCGCCACAACAAGGACGAGCACCCUCUAUGCCGCGAUAAAGUGGAAUUUAAGGCACGCAAAAGCUGCCUCAUCGACAUUGACAAUCAACAAACUAUUAAAUUAUAAUCUACAGGGCGAUACUGGCUUUCAGCAAAAAAUAUGCCGACCUAACCUUUUAUGUGAACUGUUGUACUCUAGAACAACUGUGUUUUGUUAUGGUGCCGAUUGAUUUUUACAUCUUAGCUCUGAUUGGACGUUGUUUAAUUUGACUUUGAAACGGAGGAUGUUUACUUUCGCUGUUGUGAAAAGUUGAAUGUGUGUAACCGUCGGAAAAUGAAUUCUCAAGGAGAUUGUACAUAACUGAAUUGAUUUUUAAUUAGUAUUUCCAUGAAUCAUUCUGUUGUAGAUACGUUGUUAAUUUUAUUAUUAAAUUUCGUUUACAUCAUAUAGAAUCAAUUUUUAAGUCAGAGUUGUCACAUUUGUAAAUUUUGUAUGAACUUGAGUGCCAAUUAGUAUUUAAAAUUGAACAAUAUGAGUGGAAAUAACAGUGUUUCCGAUGGAGGGCAAGAUAAGUCUGCCACAGAAACAACUGUGCAGACUGUUCCUCAGAACUUAACUACUAUUCAAAGCAUACAAACUGUUCAAAGUGUUCAAAAUGUUGUACCAAGUAAUAUUCAGAGCAUACAAACAGCUCAAGCUGUUACAGGACAAACUGCCACUUUAGUAGGUAAAUCGAUAUCGCUAGAACUCAGUCCAAAACUAUUAAUGAAACAACCAAUUGGAGCUAAUGUCGCUGGAUCUUCUGAUAGUAAAAUAGCUCCUACAUUCUGUGCUGUUCCUGGAUCAACUGUUCGAAUAAUUACACCAAGCAUGAUCAGUUCAAUUGAGCGUCAGCCACAGGUUCAACAAACUUCUCAGCAGAGCAACGUUCCAUCGACAUAUCAUGUACCAAGAGGUCCUGCUGCAGUAGCUAAUAUUUCAACACCAAGAGCCACAGUGGCCACACCACUGAGAGCCAUUAGUCAACCAAUACCUGUUUCCAGGCCAGGUAAUCCAACGAUAGUCGUUGAACCUCGUGGACCUGCGCCAGUCACCAAAGCCUCAAGUACGACGGAAAAAGUCACCUUUAAACGUGUUAGUGUUAUUGAUUACUGUAAAUCACCGGUUACUACCAAUCCUCGAGUUCCACUGAAGUUUGAUAAGAUGCGUCGAGCCUCCGAGGCUUCUUGUAAUCUUAUUGAUUUAAGUGUAUCAAGAUCUACGUCUAUGCCUAGCAUAAGCACGACGGUCUCGAGCACGCAGUGGCCGCCAAAAACGACAUCAGUGGUGUACGCUCAGCCGCAGCGGCAACAAUCGGUGCCAGUCGUUCGUCCACCUGUGCGACCGGUGACCGCGACGGUCUACACAAGCCAACCGCAGCAGACGCAACAACAGCAAACGCAGCCUCAGCAGCAGCAACAGCAACAACCGCGCCUCGUCACUCCAAGCCAAAUUAGCGUUCAGGGCAGGCCGAUACAAGCGACCGUCGUCACAGCUACUCCGAGACUCGUCACACCGGUGCAACUGCAAGCCCCCAACAGUACCAUUACUCGCUUGCCUGCUCCUACUAGGCCACCGACUCCUCAGGUUGUCACCAGCUUACCGCAGGUCUCACAGGCUGCUCGACCCGUGCAGCAAACUAUACAGACCAGUCAAACGGGUAGACCUAUAAGCACUCCUAUAAGUCGUAUAGCCGUUCCGGCUCCGGUGAUGGGAGCAUCGAAUAGAGUAGCUACAGUAACUUCAGUACAAACAAACGUUAACCGACAGCUAACCAUUAACACUGCCGCAGCUACAUCCACUGGCACUGUUAGUCGCAUUGUCAUUCCUCAACAAGCUAUUCAGCAGCAACAGCAACAACAACAAACCACUCCUCGUGUCGUUCAAACCGUAACACCAGUUAACUUCAGUCAAGUAUCGCGGGUAAUAGCUACAACUUCAUCAGCAGCAGGAGUAGCGCGCGUCGCCCAGACGGGUUCAACUCCAGUGGCGCGCAUCGCGAGUAUGUCUUUGCAUCCGUUACCACUAACUCCAGCAAGGACAACACCUCAAGGUACGCCACUGAAGGUCACCACUCAGACGCCGACCGGAACUACUAUACAAGCGGUUCAGUUGAAACAAACCUCGGCGACGAUCCAAUCUCAACAGCAACAGUCUCAACCCCAGCAGCAGCAGCAGCAAUCGCAGCAACAACAGCAAGUACAAACAUCGUCGACGAUACCACGGCAAAUUACCGGUUUGAACAGCGUGAGCGUUGCGUCGACCAGCGCAGCAAGUCAACAGUCUGCCCAAGUGCAAGGACAGUAUUUGCAUUCGCAGCACACCACUUAUUACUCUAUCGAACCGUCGGGUGCCUAUUCGCAAUAUCGCCAGACUUCUGUACAGCCAGUCAGGUUACUUGUUGAACAAGGAUACGAAGAACCUCUCGCGAAACCAAACGCAUCACCCAGACCCAGCAUUUUAAGGAAAAGAGAGCACGAUGGGUCUCCAGGAAAAAUAGGCGUAGCUAAAAAUUUAGUGCCUGUAUUAGCAUCUUUACCUGGGACAUCAUUGCACGUGAGUCCGCCAAGUUCACCGAAAGGUGAUCGAGACAACGGUGGCAAUCAUAGCUCUGGCUCUACGACAGUCUCUGCAACAUCGUCACCUGGUCUCGAUGAAGAACCAGAGCAGUCUCGCAUUACGAUCAAUCCAACGGUAGAAAUGUCGCCGCGCAAGAAACCACGUAAGCAACAAUUAACCGCUGUGGAGAUCACCGAAUCUUUGUGUAAAGAGGACAUGAUGUUCAUUACGGAGGAGAAGAUUAGAAAGGAUCUUCUGAAUGUUAAGGAAGAUUCAAAAGACAAAUACGUUGAUAGAAAGCAUGGAUCUACCUCCCAACAGGAAGCGAAAUCUCAACAAACGAAUCAAAAAAAUAGGCCGACUCUUUUAGAACCUGGGUACAAAAAUCAGUAUAAUGGUCGGAUGCAUCAUUUCAAACGACCAAGCGAUGUAAAAGCUAAAAUAGAAAAUAAGCCAACUAUUUAUGAAAUUGCUCAAGAAAAAGAUAUAAUGAAAAGAAUAGAAGGAUGGAAAGUACAUCAUUUGACGGCGCAAAUGGAAGAUCUAGCCGAAACAGAAAAAUGGGUUUAUGAAAAGUUAAGAGGUACACUUACACUGUUGGAGAAUCAACAAAAUAGGGAUGGUCAAAAUGAUCACCUGGAAAAAGUGAAUGAACUGAUAAAAGGAAAUAUGCAGCGUAGUAACUUAAUUAGUGACGGAAUGAAUGAAGCUCGCACGCAGCUCAUGAGUAUGUUUGAUCAUAAACCUAACGUUUCCAACUUAUUGCAGAAAUGUAUGAAUAAACGUGCGCAGAAAAAGAAAGAAAAGUGAAGUGUAUAGUGAAAAAAGUGAAAAUUUGUUGAAAUAAAAAACCUUGAUAUAUAAAUAUAUAAAUAAGUUAAUU